AUGGCCGUUCUGCGCACAGAUCGAGGCCCAUGUUUCCGUUCGAAGCCGUUCGCUGACUUCGUGCAAUCCCGCGCCAUUGCUCACAAGCUACUGCCGCCAUACUCCCCUUUCUCGAAUGGGAUCGUCGAGCGGGCGGUCGCCGCAGUAAAGUUUGUGGCUCGCCAAGUUGCCUCCAAGAGGAGUUGGCCUACUCAGCUCGGUAGAGCUAUAUCCCGCUUGAAUAACAAACCUCUCUCUGGUAUUGCUCUCUCACCCCAUGAGAUCUUCUUCGCGAGGCGUCGUCGUUUCUCGGUGGAGAAUGCAGUAAUUCCUGCGGACGAAGGAGCAGUUCAUCCGGCUGGCUCGGAAGAAGCGACCUCUAGGGAAGAGGUUCGAGACGAGAUAGAUC